AUGACUGACGUUCCUCUUCCUGAAUGCCUUCCAAAGCCAGAAGUACCGAAAGCUACAGAACCUAAAGCACCAGCCCCUGCACCUCAGUUCCAGCAAGUACCUCCACCAAAUUACUACCAAUUUCCACCUCAAUGUUACUACCCACCACAAGGCUUCCCGAACUACCCUCCUCCUCAACCUAUGCCUUACUUCCCCAACCCUUGGAUGUUCCAGCAAGCUCCACCCCAGCAAUUCCAAUCUCAGCAAGCUCCAUCCCAGCAAGCUCCACCCCAGCAAGCUCCAUCCCAGCAAGCUCCAUCCCAGCAAGCUCCACCCCAGCAAUUCCAAUUCCAAUCUCAAUCGAAGAGAGACCAAGACUUCGAAGAAGGUCUGAACCGCUUACGCAAAGAGUAUGCUACAGCUCCAAUGGAAGAUGACAGGCUUUCAGUCUCUUCCCUCAAAUCGACCGAUUCGACUCGUACCACAGAUUCGGUUCGCGACCGUGAAGACUACCUCAAGCAGUCUGAGAGACUCUUCAUCCUACAAUCAUUUACAGUUGGAGCUCUCAAGAACAUGCGCAAUUACGAAGGUCAAACACCAGCUGGAGACCGCAAAACAGACGUACUCGCAAGAGCCGUCCAGCUCGUCAAGACAAAGACUGAGAUAGUCGACUUCAUUCUUGCAGCUUGCCCAUACAAGUAA